CAGGUCCGGAGGAGGACAAGGGGAAGUGGGAAGGGAUGUGAAACUUGGCCCCUGGCCGGCGCUGUCCUGCUGGGUGUCCCACAGAGGUCCCUGGGUGGACAGCAGGAGCGUCCAGUUGAGUUGACCACCCGAGGCAGGGCACCAUGGAAGGCCCAUGGUUCUGGCUGGUGGUUGGUGUGCUGGCCCUGUCCUUGGCCUCUACAGUGACCCAGAAUGUGUGCCAAGCACCGCCUGGGAGGGACGGGGUUGCAGGAAAACCUGGCCGACCUGGACGGCCAGGCCUCAAGGGGGAGCAAGGGGAGCCAGGGGCCCCUGGCAUCCGGACAGGCAUCCGAGGUCUCAAAGGAGACCAAGGGGACCCUGGGCCCCCUGGGAGCCCUGGCAAAAUGGGCUACCCAGGACCUAGCGGACCCAUGGGCCCCCCUGGCAGCCCAGGGUUGAAGGGCGCCAAGGGCAACCCGGGAAACAUCAAUGACCAGUCGCGGCCGGCCUUCUCGGCCGUGAGGCGGAACCCGCCGAUGGGCGGCAACGUGGUCAUCUUCGACGCGAUCAUCACCAACGAGGAAGGCCGCUACCAGAGCCACACGGGCCGGUUCGUCUGCGAUGUGCCGGGCUUCUACUACUUCACUUUCCAGGUGGUGUCCAAGUGGGACAUCUGCCUGUCCAUCGUGUCCUCCAAGAGGGGCCAGCCCCCGCAUUCCUUGGGCUUCUGUGACAGCAACAGCAAGGGGACCUUCCAGGUGGUGUCUGGGGGCACAGUGCUCCAGCUCCAGAAUGGAGACCAGGUCUGGAUCGAAAAAGACCCCGUUAAGGGCCGCAUUUACCAGGGUCCCGAGGUGGACAGUGUCUUCAGUGGCUUCCUCAUCUUCCCGUCCACCUGAACCGGGGCAGCCCCUUCCCACGCUGGCCUCAUCUGCUUCCUACUCGGUGCCCCAGGCCCGCUCGCUCCGUGUCUCUGGUGCCGCGCUCUGCUCUGUGAAGUGCGAAUGCUGCUGUUUUAGCUGAAGGGAGGGCAUUUCUUCGAACUCUUCCUGGAAUAAAUACCUGUGUCCGUGUC